UAGACUAAUCUAGAGUGCUGCCCCCUCAAUUGUGAAGGUGGUGGAAAGACAAAGAGAUGGCUAAUAGUUCACUGAUGGAAGAGCUAGUGAGACAAGGCUCCGUGGUGCUGGAGGGCUACAGACAUCAAGUAGGCGGGCAGUUCCAAUUGAUGAAGUUUGGAGAGUGCGUUUGCAAGCCACUGGUUCUCAGGGAGAAUAAAUUCUAUGAGAGUUUAUCAGAAGAGCUCAAAACCUUCACAGCAGUCUACCAUGGAGUGGUGUCAGUGUGCUUUGAGAGGCAGACCACUGGAGAGAUACGUGUCCUGGCCUACCCUCAUCAAGACAUUGGUGGAGGAUCUGUACUAGCCAAGCAGACACUCAAGGCUAGCACAGGCUUCAGUGUGACAUCGCAGGAUGAAGAGAGGAUCUCAGCCGAUGGAGACAAGGACUACAUGAGCCCGUGGUGUCAACAGUGCACAAAGGUGUCCACAAAGAAACUGACUGCACUGGGAGACAAGUUGGACACUGUACAGCAAGAGUAUAUUGUACUGGAGAAUUUGACGUCUCGAUUCACCUAUCCGUGUAUAAUGGACCUCAAGGUGGGCUAUGGGAACCAUGACGACCACGACUCGGAGAAGCGGCUACGUCACCAACAGAUAAAGGAGAACUCCACCACUGGGACACUGCACCUGAGGCUGGGAGGCACACAGAAGUACGAUGCUUCCCGAAAUGAAUUCGUGUUUAGGAACAAGUACUAUGGUCGCAGUUUGAGUGAGGAUGGUUUCCGUGAAGAGUUGCGCUCCUUCCUUCACAAUGGAGUGAGGUUCAGGUCUGAGCUACUGUCAGCCAUCAUUGGUACACUGGAGGAACUCGUGGACGUCAUCCAGAGACAGGAUUCAUAUCGCUUCUUCUCCAGCUCUCUACUCAUCAUUUAUGAAGGGGCUGAAGAAAGUGGGUGUGGCCUCACAUCAUCCCACCCACACUCGCAACAAAAUGGACUAUCUCAAAUUACCGACAAAACCUCAACCAUCAUUAAUGGCCAAACUGCAAAUGGUCACUUGUUAAAUGCAGCAGAUCACAUGAUGCACAAAGCCCCUCUGGCAGUACUAAGGAAACGAGUAGAUGUGCGAAUGAUAGACUUUGCUCAUGGCGUGCAUAGCAGUUUUGGGGACACCCCCUUCCCAGUCGGUUGUGAUGACGAUUAUCUCCAUGGAUUGAGGACUUUAGUGACCCAAUUUAAGGAAUUGUUGAGUAAACAUUAGAUUACUUAUUAUUUUUGUUUAAAUUAAUUUUAAGCAGACGUAUAAUGAUGUCAAUCAUGUAUAUUCCACACAUCAUGUUUGAAACAAUGAUAAGAAUAAUAUUAAAGCACA